UGACCGACAGUCGCUGCUGAGCUGCGCGUAACUGCAGAUGUUUGUUUUGGUCUCCGCGCACAAGGACGAUGGAUAAUGUUUACAAGUACCCGAUUUUCUUCGAGUGUCCAAGUCCUCUAAAAGGACAGAGGAAGAAGGUAGAAACAUACUUUGGGCUCCGUCGGAGAUCAGGCGGAGGAGACUGCGGGACACUGACAACUGUGUCUGAGAGCCUUUACACUAUUAAAUUCAGACAUGAAAAAGAUCAGCAGGAAGUCAUCAAGCGAUCCCAGCACGUCAUCGAGCUUACAGGUGUUCGUCUGGUCUUCACUGUCCGAGACAGACUGGAACCUCCCGCCUCACCUCACAACACCACCUUUACAGCUCCAUUACAGGUGAUUCCUGAUGCAACUCCUCCUCCUAGUGUUGAAGAACAUGAACUGCACCAUGAUGAUGAUGCGUCUUCUUACUCCACGGAAGGUCCCAGUGCUGUGGAAGACCUGAAGGAAGGUCUCUCCUCUGUGUCCUGCUCUGCUCAGCUCUCCUCAGAGGAAGAGUUGUUAGAUGAACCAUCUGUUGUAGAUGAAGUUACCGCCUAUAGAGAUGAGUGGAACAGAGAUGUUGAUGAGGAAAUGUACUACAGUGAAGAACAUAAAGUUAAAACAUACGAGACCAGAGAUGAGGUCGGGAAGUACAGUGCAGUCGGGGAAUAUUCCCAGGUGAAUGAGGCAGAGUUUUCCUAUGAUGAAGACAGGACUCAUGUCAGUGAGAAUUUGACAUCUUUGAACUUUAAUGUAGUAGCCAGCUACAGCCUCUGCAACAAGGUCCUUGUGCUGGUGUGUCAGGGUGACAUCACCUUGGUGGAUGCUGACGCUCUGGUCAAUGCUGCCAAUGAGGAUUUAGACCACUGUGGUGGUGUUGCUGCUGCUCUGAGUCAAGCAGGCGGCCCUGAAAUACAAUGGGAGAGUGCAGUCUUAGUAAAGCAGAAUGGAAAAAUCCCCACAGGUGAUGUGGUGGUGACCACAGGGGGCAACUUGAACUGCAAGAAACUGCUGCAUGCUGUCGGACCUGUUGGUGGACAGGCAGGAGGCAGAGAAGGAGUCUUAUUGGAGAAAACCAUCAAGAAAGCACUGAAUUUAGUAGAAAUGAUGGAGUUCACAUCCAUCGCCAUGCCGUGUGUCAGCUCCGGGGUGUUUGGUGUUCCAGUUGCGGUCUGCUCCGAGGCCAUUGUUUCUGCUGUCAAGGAGUUUGGUAGCAGGGAUGGGCCAAGUCUGAGCAGAAUCAUUCUGAUAGACAACAGAGGAGAGGUGGUGAGGGCCAUGCAGGAGGCAUGUGACAGGCUCCUCCUGGGGAUAGGUACCAGAAGCGGCACAUCCAUGGAUGCUGCUGGAGGUGGUGUCCAGGUUGAGAUUGUUCAGGGGACCAUCGAGACGCAGCAGGCAGAUGUCCUGGUAUGUCCAAUGGUCGGACACGACCCUCUCUCUACCCGUGUCGGAAACAUUCUUCGUCAAGCGGCAGGCCAUCAGCUGACCGCAGGGUUUACGGAGGAAGAAGGAGAAGAAGCGAUCCCCGGAGACUCUGUACUGGUGGAAGGGUUACCUGGACUGCCGACUCAUGCUGUGUUCUUCCUCAGCCUUACGCCCUGGGACGAUGAUGAAAGUGGAACGGCAGUGCAGGUUCUCAGACUGGGCAUUAACAACAUCCUGACAUCGUGUGAGAAAAGAGGCUUUGCAUCUGUGGCUCUGCCUGUACUUGGGGCCGGUAUCGCCCUGCGUUUUCCUCACAGUGUGGUGGCCAGGGUCUUAAUGGAGGAAAUCCGUGCAUUUGAAGAGACUCGAACCAGCAGCACAAGCCUUCUGGUCCGCAUCGUCACACACCCCAGUGAUAGAGAAGCCUAUGAGGCCUUCAUGUCUGUCCAGGAAGCAGUGACACACAAAGGAAUCACUGAAAAUGACUACAAAGAUGAUCAAGACUCAACGACAAAGAGGAUCGUUUUUUUGGGCAAAACAGGCUCUGGGAAAAGCCACUUGGCCAACACCAUAUUUGGGGAGGAGCUUUUCACCGCAAACCAUACUCCCAACUCUGGAACGAGCCAAUGCCAAGCUGAGACCAAGAGCAACAGUGAAAGCAGCAUCAUGCUGGUCGACACGCCGGGUUUCUUCGACACAGGAAGGCCCGAGGAGGAGAUGAAGCGUGAGAUCAUGAGCUGCAUGACGACGUGCUCUCCUGGGCCUCACGUUUUCCUCAUUGUGCUCAAAGUGGAAAAAUUCACAAGUCAUGAGCAGGAGCUCGUCGGUAAAAUAUGCCAGUAUUUCUCAGAAGAGGCUUUAAAAUACGCCGUCGUUGUCUUCACUCACGGUGAUCAGCUCCCGAAAGGGACCACAAUUGAAGAGUUUGUCGGUCAGAAUAAGGGUCUGAGGGAUUUGGUGGCGAAGUGUGGCGGCCGCUGCCACGUCUUUGACAAUAAAUACUGGAAAAAUAAAGAUCAGAAUAAUUACAGGAGCAACCAGCUCCAGUUGGAGGCCUUACUUCAGACAAUAGACAAGAUGGUGACAGAAAAAAACGGCACGUACUACACCAACAAAGUUUUGCAGAAUGUGGAGGAAGAAAUCCGGAAACAGGAAUGGCAGAUUAGAGCGUCAUCGGGACACUUAGCCCCACAGGAGAUUAGAAAACUGGCACAAGCAAAUGUGUCCAAUCAAUAUUUGAUCCAACUGGCAGGGACUGCAACAGGAGCUCUGUUAGGGGCUUUUUUUGGUGUGGAAGCCAUCAAAUGUGUAUUCGAGGUUCUAAAGAGCCAAACAAAGAUAAUGAACCUUGCAAAAGGAUUAGUGACGCCUGCAGUAUUCACUGCUGGAGAGGUAACACUUGCCACUGGACUGAUGGCCGGUGUGGCUACAGGAACUGCAGCCGUGGGUGGAGGAAUACUGGGAGGUAAGGCUGGACACGAUGCAGCUGUGGGGGCAAAAACACCAAUGGAGGCUGCAGAAAGGGCAUAUAAGGCUGUAGCUGACCAGAGACAUGCUGCGUUACAGAAGCUGGAGAGGAAUUAGAGGCAGAAGAACGAGGGUUUUUACGAUUGCAUAUCAGUCUGCACAUUUCUCUCUUACGUGUGGAAAACCUGAGCACAAAUAGUCCCAAUAGUGAUGCUGCCAACACAAUGCAACGUGCAUUUGAAAUCUGGCGUUUUUGUGCACCCUGCAAACUUGCAGAGACGAUGAUCUCAUUAAGCAAGCUCAGAAUCUUGUUUUUAAAGCUUAUCGAAAGAAAAAUGAAGGGACUGCAUAAAAUGCUGCUGCUGCUGAUUCUGUUCUGCUCCUGAGCUACACUUGCAAGCUUUUAUCAGCAGGGGGAUUCCUACAGCAGCUGAAGGCUUCGCUGCAGUCAGAAAGCGCAAUAAUAUCAUUUGUAAUCCUGAAAACUCAGAAGGACAUCAUAUUUAUCACAAUUCUUUUUGAUAUUUCUCUGAGUCUAGAGCACUUUGAUUAUACUUGUACUUUAUAUUUUAAAUUUUGAUGCCUUUUAAAAGGAUCACACUAAGAAGCUCUUUGCCUGGGAGAAUUAUCAGGAUUUCAUUGAAAUGUUAAUAUUUCAUUUGUUUAGCCUCAUAAAGCAUUUAUCAUUCUCCUUGAUUACUUUAUAUUAUACAUGUGGUAAUGUAAUUUAUUCUUUGAGAUGUUUACUAGAAGACACAACACUAUUACUGGGACAUUGGGCUGCCCCAUAUCUAACUGACCUUGUUUUUUUGGUGAUAGGUAAUUGCAUAUCAGUGAAACAAGAUCUAAAGCGUGUACAGAUUGUAUCAGUUGAUUUUUAUCGGUGAAAUAGCAAAUAAAAACAUUUAAAAAUG